UUGGCAAAAUCGACUCCAUCUUCUAUCUCACGCACACAACAACAGACAUAGAUCCACCUUUGAGCUUUGGCGCCUCCUGUUGCAAAAUUGCAUAUACCGAAAAUGAUGGCAAUUGGUGCUUCUGCCCUGCAAAUAACUGCUGCAAGGCCGUCCAUUUUCCUUACUCAACGAAGUCUCGGGGUUACUAUGGCAGGUGUUGUACAUGAAUCUGAUAGAACUUUCUCAUCUAAGCUUACCAGCUCUUGUCAUGUGUCGUCUGUGCUAAAGCUUGAGAAAAGUUUCACAACUAGUCGACCACGAUUUGAGAAGUUUGUUACAAGGUCAAUGUCUGAAGCUUCUGAAAGCAAGUCUUCAUCCCAGCUGUCCAUUGAUUUGAAAGGCAAAAGGGCAUUUAUUGCUGGUAUUGCUGAUGACAAUGGAUAUGGUUGGGCUAUUGCAAAAUCUUUAGCUGCUGCAGGUGCAGAAAUUCUUGUUGGGACAUGGGUGCCUGCUUUAAACAUAUUUGAAAUGAGCUUACGGCGAGGGAAAUUUGAUGGAUCACGUGUGUUGCCAGAUGGUUCUCUGAUGGAGAUUACUAAAGUUUAUCCUCUGGAUGCUGUCUUUGAUACCCCUGAGGAUGUACCUGAAGAUAUAAAAGCAAACAAACGUUAUGCGGGAUCAAGUAAAUGGACUGUGCAGGAAGUUGCAGAAUCAGUAAAGCAAGACUUUGGUAGUAUUGAUAUUCUGGUGCACUCGCUUGCCAAUGGGCCAGAGGUUAUGAAACCUCUGUUGGAGACAUCCAGGAAAGGUUAUCUAGCUGCAGUAUCUGCAUCAAGCUAUUCUUAUGUUUCUUUGCUCAAGCAUUUCCUUCCAAUUAUGAACCCCGGUGGUUCCUCAAUCUCUCUUACAUACAUUGCUUCUGAGAGGAUCAUUCCAGGGUAUGGUGGGGGUAUGAGUUCAGCAAAAGCCGCACUUGAGAGUGACACCAGAGUGCUUGCUUUUGAAGCAGGAAGAAAACAUAAAAUCAGGGUCAACACCAUAUCUGCAGGUCCACUGGGAAGCCGUGCUGCUAAAGCAAUCGGCUUCAUAGAUACGAUGAUUGAUUACUCUUUUGCAAAUUCCCCCCUACAGAAAGAACUAUCUGCAGAUGAAGUGGGGAACACUGCUGCAUUCCUGGCAUCACCAUUGGCUUCUGCCAUUACGGGUGCUCUUAUAUACGUAGACAACGGGCUGAAUGCAAUGGGCGUGGGAGUUGACAGUCCGUUGUUUAAAGAUCUUAACAUUCCAACGGACAAACAUUAGCAACAUACAGCAGGCAGGUUUGUGUAGAGAAUAAAGUUUUGAAGUUCCGGCUGGUAGAUUUAGUUCUUUGUGGUCUGUAACUUAAUCGACGAUUAUGACAACUUAAUCAUGUAAAAUUUGCAUAAAAACUUAUUUUUAAAUUUGAACAA